AAAGAAGAAAAAAAAAACCGAAAAAGAAACAGGUUUCAUUCAUAUCAUCUUUCCGAAAUUCCCAAAUCAAGUGAACCCUAGACGGCUAGAACAAUCCAGCAAGUAGCGCCACCCUUUCCUCUCCUCGCCGGAAUCAACUCCCACCGUCGACGCGUUAUCUGUUGUUCGUGAAAUAAUGUCGUACGACGACGUGGAGAUUGAAGACAUGGAGUGGAAUGAGGAGUUGCAGUCAUACACGUAUCCAUGUCCAUGUGGAGACUUGUUCCAGAUCACGAAAGAAGAUCUCAAGCUUGGUGAGGAGAUUGCUCGUUGCCCUAGUUGUUCUCUCUAUAUCACUGUUAUCUAUAACAUGGAAGAUUUUCUUGGUGAUUCUGAUCAACACAAGGGUAUUCAGCCGUCUAAGCAACAAUCUGUUACCGUUGCUUGAAUUUCAGAUGUCCUGAAAUGGAGAGAGCAAUAAAUUUUGCCAAGACUUUGAUUUGAUAUAUGGUACCAGUGAACAUCUUGUUUUGCAGAUAGGAAUUGAAUUCUUGAUAUUCUAGAGGAACAAAGGAGAAGCGAGUAAUAUGGGAGAUUUAAUAUAGUACAGUACAACAAGAAUACCAUUAUCCAUUGUUAGUUUUUUUUUUUAAGGAAAUUAUCCAUUGUUAGUUAGAUAAUUAAUUUUACACUUCAGGUUUAGAGAGCCAAUGUUUUUGCCAUUUAACUCAAUCAUGCUUUGAUAUGGUAUCAUUUUAAAUUGUGAAACUAAUCGUUGUGAUAGUCA